AAGUGCGUUUAACGCCUUGGAAGGGCUUCUAAAUAUAUUAUUCUAGGCAAAUCAGAAGGAACAAAAAUAUACAAUCAAUAAAUCAUAUUGAAAUAUUUAAGCAUAUUAAAUAUAUAUUAUUGUUAUGGGAAAUCCUAAGUUAACAAAGUGAGCUGGCAAUCGAAAUAUUGACCCCCCACCUAGUUUCCCCCUUAUCAGGGCUUCUUCCCACGCAAAAGUGUGCCGUUCGGGCGAUAAAACCACUCGAACGUAACCCCAAACAAGGCCUAUAAAUAGAGAACAAGCGAACCACAUUCGACACACUCAACCCUUGCGAUGUCUUCCGUUAACAAUCUAGCAAAGCUUUCGAUCCUUCUGCUCGCCGUGGCUUCGGUUCUCGGCGAGAUGGAUGCGUCGGAGGAGUCGCGGAUCAUCGGAGGUCAGUUUGCCGCCGCAGGACAAUUUCCGCAUCAGGUAUCGCUCCAACUGAAUGGGCGCCAUCACUGCGGUGGCUCCCUAAUCUCCGAGACGAUGAUCGUGACGGCCGCCCACUGCACCAUGGGCCAGAAUCCGGGCCAGAUGAAGGCCAUUGUGGGAACCAACGAUCUGGCCGCCGGCAACGGUCAGACCUUCGGCAUUGCCCAGUUCAUCAUCCAUCCGCAAUACAAUCCGCAGAGCCAGGACUUCGACAUGUCGCUGAUCAGGCUGAGCAGCCCGGUUGCCAUGGGAGGAGCAGUCCAGACCAUCCAACUGGCGGACUCGGACUCGAACUACGCGGCCGACACGAUGGCCAUGAUCAGCGGCUUCGGCGCCAUCAACCAGAACCUGCAGCUGCCCAACCGCCUCAAGUUCGCCCAGGUCCAGUUGUGGAGCCGCGACUACUGCAACUCCCAGAACAUCCCCGGGCUCACGGACCGCAUGGUGUGCGCAGGACAUCCCAGUGGCCAGGUCAGCUCCUGCCAGGGCGACUCCGGCGGUCCGCUGACCGUCGAUGGCAAGCUCUUCGGCGUGGUGUCCUGGGGAUUCGGCUGCGGGGCCAAGGGGCGUCCGGCCAUGUACACCUAUGUGGGAGCCCUUAGGUCCUGGAUCAAGCAGAACGCCAAUGUUUAAGUGGAAAAGGCAUAGCACCUACUUAUCGACCUUAA